AUACACUCUCCCCUGCCACACGAGCCCUUAGCCAUGUGACUGAUUCUCCCAUGGCCUCUCCAUCUCAUUGUACACAUACCCUAAUCUCCCCCUAAUCCUCUAUCUCCACUUGUCUGUGUUUCUUCCCUUGUUUACUUGGUUUUUCCCUUGUUCGAUCGAGACAAUGCCCGACACAAUUGGAGCUCCAAAUCCCAAUCCCAAUUCGAAUCCUAACAAGCGGGAGAGAGCUCCGUUGCUCAAGAAAUCCAAAAUCAUUUCCGACAAGAUACUUUUCCCUGCUGCUAGCCAUGUCUCUUCCACUCCUCUAUCCUCCGCCCGCUUCUCCUCUGAAUCUCAUAAUACCUAUUCAACUUCCACCUCCGAGAGUAUUAAUGAUGCAAAGUUUGGAUUUGGCGAUCGUGACUACGUUUAUCCCUCUUUUCUUGGACCGCAUACUACUAGGAGUAGAGUCAACGUCAAGUCAACUUCGAAAUCACAGAGGAAUCAGCUGGAAUUACGCGACUCUAUGCCUUCCGCUAAAGUGGAAUCAAAGAUGAAGCCCAAGCCGAAGCUGAAAGCUGAGAAAGAUUUCAAUGCUCUGUCAGUUCAAAUAUCAAAUCCAGCUUCUUCAGCUUUAUCAGGGCCCACUUCAGCUAACUCCUCCAAUGCUCGAAGAGCUUCUGGUCAUAGAUAUUCGUGGAUUCUUUAUUUGCUUAAGUUUGUUUGUACAUUAUCUGUAUCUCACACGGUAUAUUUGAGGAAUGAAGUCUCUAAGCUUCAGGAGGAGAAUAUUAGUCUUCGUAGAGUUUGUAGUCAUGUUGAUCUUGCCAGCGCUGGUAUCAAGGAGUUUGAAGAAGUUAAUUCAUUAGUAUAUUUCAGUACUGCUGGCAGUAGAACUGGUGCUCUGUACAUGGCGGUGUUCAUUCUUGUCAUUCCUUUUGCCUUGUACAAAUAUCUUGACUAUCUACCGAGAAUAAUUGAUCUCUUGAAGAGGAAAUAUACCAAAAAGGAGGAGGUUCCACUGAAGAAAAGGAUUGCAUACGUGGUGGAUGUGUGUUUCUCAAAUUACCCUUAUGCAAAGCUGCUUGCACUUCUUUUUUCCACUCUCUUUCUAAUUGGAUAUGGAGGACUGGCACUUUAUGCUGUUGGUGAUGGCAGCUUUACUGAAGCUAUUUGGCUUUCUUGGAGCUUCGUAGCAGACUCUGGAAACCAUGCUGAAAUGGUUGGUGCAGGGCCAAGGAUAGUUUCAGUUCUGAUAAGCUCAGGAGGCAUGCUCAUAUUUGCUAUGAUGCUGGGGCUUGUUUCAGAUGCUAUUUCAGAAAAAGUGGAUUCCUUAAGGAAAGGAAAGAGCGAGGUGAUUGAAAGUAAUCACAUUCUUGUUCUUGGAUGGAGUGAUAAAUUGGGGUCACUUUUGAAGCAGCUAGCAAUAGCAAACAAGAGUAUUGGUGGUGGUGUUGUCGUUGUUCUUGCGGAAAGAGACAAGGAGGAGAUGGAGAUGGACAUAGCAAAGUUAGAAUUUGAUUUCAUGGGAACUUCAGUUAUCUGCAGAAGUGGAAGUCCACUAAUACUUGCUGAUCUGAAAAAGGUAUCAGUCUCUAAAGCACGUGCAAUCAUUGUCUUAGCAUCUGAUGAGAAUGCUGAUCAGAGUGAUGCACGCGCUCUAAGGGUUGUACUUAGCCUAACUGGAGUACGAGAGGGGUUGAGAGGUCAUGUUGUUGUGGAAAUGAGUGAUCUCGACAAUGAACCCUUAGUGAAGCUUGUUGGUGGUGAACUUAUUGAAACAGUUGUUGCGCAUGAUGUGAUUGGAAGGUUGAUGAUACAAUGUGCUUUGCAGCCUGGCCUUGCUCAGAUUUGGGAAGACAUUUUGGGGUUUGAAAAUGCAGAAUUUUACAUUAAACGGUGGCCUCAAUUGGAUGGUGCACCCUUCAAAGAUGUGCUGGUAUUAUUUCCGGAGGCUAUUCCUUGUGGUGUUAAGGUUGCUGCUGAUGGCGGCAAAAUUAUCAUAAAUCCUGAUGAUAGAUAUGUUCUAAAAGAAGGUGAUGAAGUCCUUGUCAUAGCUGAGGAUGAUGAUACCUAUGCGCCAGGUCUCUUACCAGAGGUAAAUAAAGGCCUAUUCCCUAGGAUAACUGAUCCUCCAAAAUAUCCAGAAAGAAUCUUAUUCUGUGGCUGGAGACGUGAUAUUGAUGAUAUGAUUAUGGUUUGUAAUAGAUUCUCAAGGUUUUCCAGAGCUUCAGAAGGAAUUUGGGGGAGGGGAGGGGCUGUGUGGAAUACUUCAGUCCCUGGAAUCAUGGUACUGGAGGCAUUAUUGGCUCCAGGGUCUGAAUUGUGGAUGUUUAAUGAGGUUCCCGAGAAAGAUAGAGAAAAGAAGUUGACUGAUGGGGGUCUUGAUAUAUCAGGACUGGAGAACAUUAAACUUGUCCAUCAUGUGGGAAAUGCAGUGAUUAGACGUCAUUUAGAGGGUCUUCCUCUGGAGACAUUUGAUUCAAUUCUGAUUCUUGCAGAUGAAUCCGUCGAAGACUCCAUUGUUCACUCUGAUUCACGGUCUCUUGCCACCCUCCUCCUCAUCCGAGAUAUCCAGUCGAAGCGUCUUCCUAAUAAAGAUUCUAGGCCGAUUCCUCUACGGCAUUCAGUGUUUUCUCAGAGCUCCUGGAUUCGUGAAAUGCAGCAGGCUUCAGACAGAUCAAUAAUAAUAAGUGAGAUAUUGGAUUCUAGGACAAGAAAUCUUGUGUCAGUCUCUAGAAUAAGUGAUUACGUGCUGUCAAAUGAACUGGUGAGCAUGGCACUUGCAAUGGUAGCAGAAGACAAACAGAUUAAUCGUGUGCUAGAAGAAUUGUUUGCUGAAGAGGGAAAUGAAUUAUGCAUCAAGCCAGCAGAGUUCUAUCUGUAUGAGCAGGAAGAACUUUGUUUCUAUGAAAUCAUGAGAAGGGGUCGUCAAAGACGGGAGAUAGUGAUUGGAUACCGCAUUGCAGCUGCAGAACGUGCUGUGAUUAAUCCAGCAGGCAAGUCAAAGCAAAGGAAGUGGUCCCUUGAUGAUGUUUUUGUGGUUAUUUCCUCAGGUGACUGAUAAAAUCAGGCAAAUCUUACGGGCACUUCCUUUAUGUCAUCGGGCUUCCAAAAAUCCGAUCAGACAUCUCAUAUAUCUCUCUAGACAAGCACUUACUAGAAAAGAGGCAAAUGUGGUAGCUCUAACUUCAACCGGCAGAUUAGGUGGAAAAUAAUAGGAAGUGAUAGGAGCCGGUCGGCAUAGUGGGAAAGGAGAGAACUCUUAGAAAUGUUAAUUUUCUUUUUAGAUAUUGCAAUACAAAUCAGAAAUGAGUGAAGUUUCUAUCAUUUCUCAUGUUACUUUCCUAAAGCAUAGCAUUCGUAGAGGCUCGAGACUAGAGCUUUUUAAAACACAGCACCAUCUACGGGUUUUAAUAUUUUUUUCUCUGA